AGUAAGGACGUUUUUGAGGCUGCUGGGGCUCUAAACUUCAAGGGAUGUGACGACCUCGAAGAGGAAGAGAAUGGAGAAGAGGAUGAGCAGGAAGAUGAGCAGGAGGAAGAAGAGAGGGCGCUGAGAAAGCAGUACAGGAAGAGCCAUUCGCGCCGACAGAGCAGAGUCCGAGGCCUGCCGAGGCCAGGCAAGCCGUCACCCGAGUCUGAUCGGUUCUGCGAACCGCAAAAUGGUUCCCCCAAUUCACAUGCGGCCGACUCUUACGAAACAUCGGGAAGCCCACCGGCUCAAUUGGUAGAAAAUUGGGACGAGCACUAUCGCCUAGAAGAGGUCGAAGAAGUGGCCGAACAUAAGCAGUCACAUACCGCCGGAGAGGCGAGCCAACAGGUCGACCGGUGGUGCAAAUCACGAGAACACUGCGAUCUUGUCCGACCCAGAGGCCAUGCACCACUUGCGAUGAGCAUUGCAGCCAUCGUCGGAGACAUCGCCAGCCUUUAA